AUGAUACCAGAAGUUGAUUACGAUUGGGAAAAGAUAUCUCCUGGAACUCAAACAAUGAACUCUGUCCACAAUCAUGCUGUGAAACAGAUCAGUACGUUGCGUAAAGAUUUAGUCCAAUUUGAAUCAAAUAUAUCAACAGCUCCAUUAUCUCUUUUAGGAUCAAUAGCAGCAAACCUCACAACUCUUUCCAAAACCAUUGAUGAAUAUGAAACCCUUGCUAAAAAUGAAACAAUCCCAGAAAAACAAGAAAAGGCUAAGAUAAAAUUACAAACUUUUAGAACUGAUAUACAGGAGGCUCGUUCAAAAUAUCAAGAAUUGAAGCGUAAGAAGGACGAAUCAUCUGAAGAAGCCAAUCGAUCAGAAUUGUUGAAUCGUCGUCCUCAUGGUCAUGGUACUAAUGGUCAAACUUCUGCCAAUCCAUUUGAUACUGAAACAUCAUCAAGUAGUGGUUCAGGACUUACAUAUAACCAAGGUCUACACAAAGAAAGAGACACACUGUCAAGGGGUAAUCAACAACUAGAUGAGAUUCUGGAAAUGGGGAGAGAAGCUUAUGAAGAGCUAGUUGCCUCUAAUCAAAUGUUGAGAAGGUUUCAGGAAAAAAUUACAGGUUCAUUAAUUACAUUAGGUGUUUCUCAAGAAACUAUAAGAAGUGUGGAAAGAAGAGCAUUUCAAGAUAAAUGGAUUUUUUAUGGAGGUGCUUUUGUAAUGUUUGUUUUGUUUUAUUAUAUUUUGAAAUGGUUUGGACGUUGA